AACUACCAUCACUAAUAUUGUCUCUGGUUUCUUAAACAACUAAGCUUGUAACAAGAAACAAUCAAUCAUGCCGACUCUUGACUCGGGCGAGAAGCAACAAAAGAACCUACUUGAUCGCGAAAUUCGCAGUAUGAUGUCUAUCCUCACCAACCGUCUUGCUCAUCUCCAUAAGAAGCCGACGGAGGGAGGAAGCGCAAGCAACAUGCUUGACAAUGAACAUGAUCACGAUGAUGAUCAUGGCAGUUUUUCGGUCAUAACUAUGGCUGGAAACAACGAGGGUGCCACAAUGACUGGCCAGAUGGAUAUGGCGGACCGUAAAUCUGGUAUGAAAGAGGAUAAUGACCAAGUGAAGGCCCCAUUGACAACCUUAUUGAACAGCAACUUUCAGGGUGUCAAUAAUUCCAUUAUGGUUGGAGGUAGUUACUCUGCCAAUGAUCCUGGUAUUCAUUUGGAUGUUGAGGACCAUUAUGAGCAACGUCCACCUCACCCUAGAAAGGGGCAGAAAGGCAAGAAGAAGGCUCAUUUUGAAUCCUCUAAAAGCGAUGAUUCUAGUUGAGGUGCAUGUGUCUUAGCUAAACAAAAACACAUAAUAUACACAUAUAUAUGCAUGCUACUUCUUGAGUGUUUUGUUCAUCUAUGUAUUGAAUUAUGAUUGCAAGAUGCUACUAUAUAUGUAAUCUUCGUUUGUAAAAUAAGUUAUCUUUUUUUUUUAAAUAAUGAAAGGGUGAUUUAAUGAUCGUUUGUAAA